UUUUCUCAGCCCCCCCUCAGCAAACAUUCCAUUCAGCAAUUUUCUUUCUGCCAGCUGAAUUGAUUAGCUUCAGCCUCCCUAGUUCCGCUGGUCAGAGCAUCUUGCUGAUUCCAGGAGGUCUUAGCCCCGCAUUGCCAUCCCCGUAGUCCGUCGUCUAAGCGCUCGCUCGCUCUCUUUUCCUUUCACCGCUUCUCGCCAUGAAGGCGUUUAAGAGGCCGUUCCUACAGCGGUCGCUCUCGAAAGGAAGCUUCCUCGAUGGGAAGAAGAUUAAGAAAAUGCUGAAAGACGAUAAGGAGGCGAACUCCUUCCUGAACCAAUACUUCGACCUUCUGGAUGACGACAAGAGCGGGAAGCUUUCCCGCGCGGAGCUUAAGCCCGCAUUAGUGCGAUUCGGGGUGCUCCUGGGACUCCCGCCGGCGGGAACGACGGCGGAGGGCGACGCGCUGGUGGACCGGCUGUUCACGACGCUGAUGGCGGACGACCUGGGGGAGGAGGUGGACCGCGCGUCGUUCAUCAACAUCUCCAAGGAGUUCCUGGGAUCGGUUUCCGAGGAGCUCGAAUCCAAGCCUGUGGUGGUGGAGAUGUAUGACGGUGGGGUGUUGAGGGAGUUAGCGGACAACCCCGAGCAGUUCAAGGAGAUAGUGGGCGACAUCUUCAAGGAGUUCGACGAGGAUGGCAGUGGCACGCUCUCGCGCCUUGAGCUCAAGCCUGCGUUUGUGUCGCUCGGGCUCGUGCCGCCGUCAGCCCACACGGAGGUGGACGCCCUCAUGUCGCGGGUCAUAGGCAAGUAUGGCGGCAGCGACCUGCUGGUGGACCAGGGGGAGUUCGAGCUCAUGCUGAGGGACAUGAUCAAGGAGCUCUCAGAGGAGCUGGCCCAGCGACCCAUCAUCCUGUCUGCUGAGAAGAAGCCCGCCUUCACGGGGUCGUUUGUCCGCCAACUCACAGGCGAUCGCAGCCGUUUCAACGCCGUCUCCUCGCAGCUCUUCAUGGAGUGGGACAUCCUAAAACGGGGACGCCUCUCCCGCACGGAAAUCAUUCUCGGAUUCAAGAAGUACGCGUCCACGUUCGAGGUGGCGCUGAUGACGCCAGCAGAAGCAGAGGAGCUGUGCGCGCGGGUGUUCAAGCAGGCCGACGCAGACCACAGCGGGUUCGUGGAGUAUGACGAGUUCGAGGGCGUGCUCAAGGACCUCUUGAAUGGCAUGGCCAAGAAGCUGGACAGGAACCCAGUCAUUACGACCUCAGACUCCUUUUCCAAGAGCAACAGCCUUUUUGGCUGGUUCUCAGGCAGCAGCGCUGGCAGCACGGGCAGUGGAUCUUCCAGCGCCAAGGAGCCCGAGCCAGUGGUGCCAAAGCAGCGGUCAGUGGCGGACAUAAAGGCGGCGCACAACUAUAAGUCUAAGCUGCCAACUGGUUCAGCAGCAUCUGCAGCAGCCGAUGCACGGAAAAAGCUGGCAGAACGAGGAGAGAAGAUCAGUAAACUGAACGACAUGGCGGAUGAGCUUGAGGCGGACACAGCGGAGUUCAGUGACCUGGCAACGCAGCUCAAGAAGAAGAUGGAGAAGAAGUGGUGGUGAUGUGCUCAGCUGGGGAAAAGCAUACAAAAGGUGGUACCCAUGAGGUGGUGCCACUUGUGGUAGAGGCAGGAAAUCAUGCCUGGUGUGAGGAAUCAAUGAAUAUUUUCGUCGUUCUAAAUACAGCUAACAUGCUUAAUGUUAGACGCUCUUCAAGGUCGCCCUAUUCUGGCAUUCUGUAAUCAUUUUGGAGCAUCCAUUUUUCA